AUGACGACAACACGAUAUUUUCCAUUCUUAUCGCGAGAUUUUUCAAGAUUAUUAGAGACAGGGCAAAACCCCGAUAUAUCAAUAAAAGUUGGUAAUGGUGCAAUGACAAGAAACUUUCGAGCACAUUCAUUAAUACUGCAUGCACGUUCAAGAUUCUUUGCCAAAUUGUUGGUGGACAAAUGUACAUAUAGCGCGGGCGACGAUGCCGAGAAUAGUUUACCGGUGUUGAACAGCCAAGUACUUGACCGAAUAACACCGGCCGUGUUUGAAAUUUUACUUCGUUACAUGUAUGGAGGGAAUUUACCAUUGGAGAAUAGAGGAGGACGACACGUUCUUGACCUACUAAUAGGAGCAGAUUUACUAGACUUAACAGACAUUCUAGAUGAAAUACAGGACCAUCUAGUAAAGAACAAUAGCGACUGGUUGGUGGAAAAUUUUGGGAUAAUAAGCAGAACGGUACUUGAUCAUCCAAAUUUUAAGAUAUUGCACGACUGCUACAUAGACGUCAUAAGAACGAGACCGGAAGGAAUUUUUGAUGCUAAAGAUUUUCUUUCGUUGCCAAUCGCAUCACUGAUUGAAAUUCUGAAAAAUGAUGACGUGGCGAUGGAGGAAGUGGAUAUUUGGAAACGAGUGUUAGAUUGGGGCAUUGCACAGACGCCAAAUCUGCUGCCGAAUACGGCGGGUUGGUCGUUACUUGAAUUCGUUCGUCUACAGAAAACACUACAAGAUUGUCUGCCAUACAUUCGAUUCUUUCAAUUGUCGUCGGCUGAAUUUCAGGAUCACGUGAUGCCAUAUUUAUCUAUACUAGGAAAUCAAUUGAGAACGGAUAUUUUAAGUUAUCAUUUAAAACCCGGUUACAAACCAACUACACCAAUAGCACCACCAAGAUACGGUUCGAAGAGUUUAAUUAUCUCAAAAAUGGUCCCGCAUCAUUAUCUUGACUCAACAAUAGUAAAUAAGCGACACGCCGCAUUACUAUCCCUUUGGAUAGACCGUCGAGAGAACGAAACACCCACAACAUUUCGCUCAUCCGACGAAAAUCAGACGAAUGACAGUUUUGUGUUCUCCUUUGGUACCGAUUUCCCGCGGAGUGCCAUUCUAAGUAGAGUGUGCGAGCCAAGUCAAGCGGUGUAUUGUCAUCGUGUGUGGGGACCUAGUUUUGGCGUGUUUGAUUUAGCAUUACAUGGUAAUUUCGCAGAGGACGGAAUGUGUCGAAGUCAACGAGGGCAAUACGAGUGCGAGAUACGUUCUCCGGAUAGUGAAGAUUUUUCGGUGGAAGAGUAUGAAGUAUUCCAGGUUAUAGAUCAUAUGCCACAAAAAGACAUUAAUAAUAGAGCAUUAUCAUCAUCCUUAUCACGUAAACUUUAUAUUUAUUCAUUGGUCGUUUUGGGUUUGGCUGGGGUAAUAUCAGCAUUGAGUUUUUGGUUUGUACUAUCGGAAUACUGUCCAUGUGGGUUGUUUGAUACUAUUGAGCAAUUGAAGAGAACGAUCAUUUCAAUCACUUAA